AUGCUGGAGAAGAUUCAGAAGGCACUCACAAUUCAUAGUGGUACCUUGAGGGAGCUGCUGGCAGAGGCACUGGGGAUGUUCAUUCUCAUGGUCUUUGGCUUGUCUUCCGUGGCACAAGUGGUGUUAGGAAGAGGAGACUUUGGGCAACAUCUGAGCAUCAAUUUGGGAUUUGGCAUUGGUGUUACACUGGGCAUGCAUGCGGCUGGAGGAAUCUCUGGAGCUCAUCUGAAUGCUGCCAUCACCUUCACACACUGCCUCUUAGGAAAUCUACCCUGGAGAAAGCUCCCAGCUUAUCUGAUGGGCCAGUUCUUGGGCUCCUUCGUGGCAGCAGCCACUGUCUUCGGCUUGUACUAUGAUGCUUUGUAUGACUACACCAAGGGUAACUUUACAGUGACUGGACCAAAUGCCACAGCGUCGAUCUUCUCCACUUACCCUGCUCCCUAUGUAUCCUUGCUGGGGGGCUUCUUCACAGAGUUUACAGCAACAGUGAUGCUACUUCUUGGCAUUCUGGUAAUCCAUGAUGAAAAGAACAACGAAGCACUGAAAGGCACUCAGGCCCUGCUCACGGGUAUCCUGGUUCUUGGCAUUGGCCUGGGGAUGGGGAUGAACACAGGCUAUGCCAUAAAUCCCUCCAGGGACCUGCCCCCCAGAAUCUUCACAGCAAUUGCAGGCUGGGGGAUGGAUGUUUUCACAGCUGGACCUCAUUGGUGGUGGAUCCCAGUCACAGCUCCAGUUCUGGGAAGUCUUGCUGGUGUUUUAAUCCACAAGCUCUUCAUUGAUCUUCACAAUCAGCCUGUCCUGGACAGCAGAAAUGAGAAAGGACAGCCAGUGGUGCAGACUUCUACCCUGUGACAGUCGCAUUCUCCAUGGACCCAUACGGACCAGCUGGAGGGUAGCCAAGUGGGUAAUGGACACAUGCUGGAGUACUGCUGGAGCACACUGUUACUUCACACUGCAGGUGGAGAAAUGAAGGAGUAGUUCUCAACAAAAUCUGCUUUGCAUAACCAGAGACACUAGGUCUCUGAGACAUUGGGCAGACCUGGGCAGGGCUAGAUCUUUUUGUGAUCUGAAGAAAUUAUUCAAUCUCCUUGUGUAAAAAAUCUACAAAAA